AUGCACCGUGCGGCCUUGAGAGCGUUCCGGACGACUUCCACCUGCUUCAGCGCCGUCCGCAACCUCUCCCGCACCUCACGAGCAUCCCACCGAGCUCUCUUCUCCGCCGCCAGCCAAGCCGCCCAUCGCCAGCCCGUCGCUAAUGAGCCUCUGAGGUCCUCCAUGUACUUCCGCCGCCUGCCCGUCGCCCUGGUCUCCAGUAUUGUUGUGGGAUACGGCGCCUGGUACUCGUACAACUCGACUGGCGGCGUUCCCGGCGGACCAUCCGUCGCGCGAAGCUUCACUUCCACCCAGGGUUCCAGCGAUGCCCUGCCGACCAGGACUGUUCUCGUUGUCGGCGCAGACGAGCUUCGACAGGGCACCAUUGUGGGGGAAGGGCCUAUCCUUAAGCCCACAGCUGACGGGCGCCGAAUCGUCGAGAUGUUGACCCCGGAGCAAGCUACCGAGAAGUUGAGGGCGCUGGAGCAGUCAUUCUCUGUGAACAGGGGGCAGGGCGUGACGAGGUACGACCUCGUCCAGUUGCCGAGUAAUGAUCCCAUCGAGGACGAUCAUGCCGAAAAGAUUGUUCAAGUUCCCAGCCGGUCUGCCGGUGCCGAGGGACAGAGCAGUGACUGGAUGUUCUGGGGUGUCUUUGACGGCCAUUCCGGCUGGACAACAUCAGCAACUCUUCGCGAGAGCUUAAUCAGCUACGUCGCCCGCGAACUCAACGAGACGUACAAAUCCGCCAAAAGCAACUCCCCCACCGACGAAGCCAUCGACUCGGCCAUCAAGACCGGCUUCACCCGCCUGGACCACGAAAUCGUUCACAAAAGCGUGGAGAAGGUGUUCAAAGCCAGUUCCAAAGCCGUAGCCGCCGAGCUCCUCCAGCCCGCCCUCUCAGGCUCGUGCGCCCUGCUCUCCUUCUACGACACUCGCAGCAACCUCCUCCGGGUAGCAUGCACCGGUGACUCGCGCGCCGUCCUCGGCCGCCGCUCAGAAUCCGGCAAAUGGACUGCCACCGCGCUCUCCGAGGACCAGACGGGCGGCAACCCCAGCGAGGCGGCACGCAUGCGCAAGGAGCACCCCGGCGAGGACGGCGUUGUCCGCAACGGCCGCGUCCUCGGGGGCCUCGAGCCAACCCGCGCCUUUGGCGACGCCGUCUACAAAUGGUCCCGCGACGUGGCCGGUAAACUGCGCGCGUCCUUCUUCGGCCGCAGCCCCUCCCCCUUGCUCAAAACACCCCCCUACGUCACCGCCGAGCCCGUCGUCACCACCACCAAGGUCAACCCCGAAAAGGGCGACUUCCUGGUCCUCGCCACCGACGGCCUCUGGGAAAUGCUCACCAACGAAGAAGUCGUCGGCCUCGUGGGCCAAUGGAUAGAGAGCCAGGCCUCGUCGUCCGGCUCGUCAACGUCUCAGUUCGAAGCGGCGUGGUCCAAAAUCUUUGGCUCCCAGAACAAGCCGCUUCCCGUGGAACAGUCCAAGACGGGAGCAAACGACGGCCAGCGGACGCCCAUUCGUCUCCAGCAGUGGGGCAUCAACCCCGACGCCAAAGACCGCUUCACCGUCAAGGAUAAGAACGUCGCUACGCACUUGGUUAGGAAUGCCCUGGGGGGGCACAACGACGAGCAAGUGAGGGCUUUGCUUACUCUUCCCUCACCGUUUUCCAGAAGAUAUCGGGAUGACUUGACGGUCCAGGUAAUUUUCUUCGGGGACGGCCUCAAAACAGGCGAGGUUACGAUAAAUCUCGAUGCUACCGCCGAAACGGCCGAGCCCAAGCCCAAGCUGUGA